GUUUCCGGAAAAGAACUCGUUGUUAAAUUAAAACAAUUAGAAAGGUUGCUCUGCGCAGGAGCAGAAAACAUUUAAAUAUAUAUAAAAACAACAACUGCAAAAGCAACAGGAAAGGACAGCGACAUGCCACAAAAUAUCUCAAUUUUGAACUAGCUAAGGAGAAAUAGGAAUAGAAGAGAUUCGUUCGGUUAAUAUGUCAUUGGAAACAACGAGCGUUUUAAUAAAUGAGGAAAGUUUGGCGAAAGAGACGCUACGAAUCUUGAACCAGAUGCGUCGGCAAAGAGAGCUAUGUGAUAUUAUAUUACUUGUGAAUGGCUGUGAGAUCCCAACACAUCGCGCUAUCCUUGCCGCUUGUUCACCUUAUUUCCGAGCUAUGUUUUUAUCGGGGUUUGUUGAAGCAAUUCAACCACGAGUGAUUCUGCGAGAUGUCGACACGUUCGCAUUAAUGAAAAUAAUCGAUUUUUUUUACACAUCGGAAUUGACUAUUGAGCUUGGAGAAGUUGAAGCAAUCUUGAACAUCGCUUGUCUUCUUCACUUGGAGUAUAUCAUUGAGGAAUGUGAAAAGUUGCUCAGACGAAAUAUAACGCCAGGCAACUGUCUCGGAUUAAAGACAAUCGCACAGACGUACUCUCUCAAUUUCUUAUACAAGCAAGCUUGGCGCUUCACUCUCUGGCAUUUUGGCAGUGUUGUAAAAGAAGACGAAUUCUUAAAGCUACCACCGGAUGAGCUCGAGAUGUUAGUUCGUGAUGAUCUUCUAAAAGUAAAGGAUGAGUGCGAAGUAGUGAAUGCAGUUUGGCAAUGGUUGAAGUAUGAUUUCUCCAGUCGUUGUACCAUUGUAACAGAUAUACUUCAACAUAUACGCUUUCCCCUCAUGAGCAUUGCUGAUAUUAUGCAUAAUGUGCAAGUGAAAGAAUUCUGCCAGAACUAUACUCUCUGUAGGCAAUUGGUGAGAGAGGCCAUACGCUACAAUUCCACUGCAAGACCUCCAAUUUAUGAUAAAAACCCACGUCUCAGACCACGACUGGCAUCUGAGGAUAUUUAUGUGAUUGGUGGAUGGUCGAAUGGUCAGAAAAUGAGCACAGUGCAAUGCUUCAAUGUGAAUACACUGCAAUGGACAAGUGUAUCUGGAAUGACCAUAGCAACUGUUGCAAAAGAGGAUUAUUUCCGUGUGGUUGUUGUGGAUGAGGAGAUUUUUACCGUCAGUCGAAAUAAAGUGGGAAAGUUUGAUCCAGUAUUAAACUGUUGGAUGACAAUAGCCAAUGGCCCUGAUGUUCAAUGUAAAUGGGCUGGUGUAUGUCAGCAUAAUGGCUUAAUUUAUGUUGUAGGAGGUCACAGCAGCAUGUGUGCUAAGGUAUUCAAUCCCGAGAUUUGUUCAUGGACUGACCUGCCGUCAAUGCAAUGUGCAAGAUACUACCCUGGCGUAGCCGUUAUGGGAGGCAAGAUAUACGCUGUUGGUGGUUUGGACCAUUUGUGGUCACCUCUUAACACAGCUGAAAGAUAUGAUCUGAUCAACCAAUGGCAAUUUAUCUCAAGUAUGGGUGUGCAAAGAUGGAGUUUGGGUGUUGCUGUUGUAAAUAAUCUCCUAUAUGCUAUCGGUGGCUCAGAUUCCAAGGAGUUAUGGGCCAAUUCAGUGGAGGUAUAUGAUCCACUGCGUGAUAAGUGGAUACAAAAUGUCACACCAAUGAAUGAAGGCCGGCGUUGUUUGGGAGUAGCUGUUGUAAACAAUAAUAUAUAUGUGGUUGGUGGUCGUGUUGUAAACACCAUUGAGUUUUAUGAUAAAAAGAAAAACCAAUGGAAAAUUGUCGGUUCUGUAAACUCACAAUGCAACUUUGGAUGCAUAGCCUUAAGACCUAUAUAAGCUAAAAUUCAUGGCUAUAUGUAUGUAUGGCUAUGCCAGUAUCGGUUGAUGAACCAUCCAUGAAAUUGAUCUUUGCUCUAUUAAUUGGAGCAACUAUCAUGCCACAGUAUUUAUGGAUUUGGAGCUUUUUUAUAUUUAUCAACAAUAUUGUAAAUUAACAGAGUUAUUAAUAUAAUAUUCCUAUUAAAACAUAAAAAAACUGGA